UUCUUCCCUGUUUUUGCUAGUUGGACCAAAUCAAAUGGAGAUAGAAGGUGACGAUGGCUAUAAAAUUGAGCUGAAACAUGACGGUUCGUCGGCUGCGUUUGGAAGAGGCUUAGGGUUUAACACCAAAGACAGAACCGUUUCUCGCCAUCACGUUUUAUUUCAGCCAUGCAAAACCGAAAACCAAACAGAACCUAGGGUUUCAUUUCAAGUCAUUGGGAAGAAUCCGCUCUGGCUACGAAGCGGCGACGCCGGAAGCGAAACGAGGGUUUUCAGGAAGCUCGAGAAGGGUGAGGUGGCAGUUGGUGACUGCUUUUGUAUUUCAAGUCAAAACCCUGUUUGGUUUAAGCUGAAGAGAAUAAUUGGAGAGGAAAGCGACUUGAAUGGAAGUGAUGUUUCAGAGAUGGACCCUGUUAAAGAGUUUGGGUUUCUUGUGAUUGGGCAUGAAUUUGAUUGCUAUCCCAAGGAAAGAAUUUGUGAUGUGAAGAAUUGGGAUUGGUUUCUUGAGGAAGCUGAGCAAGAUAGUGAAGAUGAUGAUAGCGACAAAAAGAAGAAGAAAAGAAGUGGGAGGAGAAAGAGGAGAAAAAAUGGAGGUAAUGCUGAGGACGAUGAUUGGACUGUUGAGAGUGAAGAGGAUAAGGAAACAGUAUCUAAAAUAAGAAAGAUUGGGAGAUCAAAAUAUUCAACAAGAUCCAAGGAUAAAAAUAAACUUGAUAAAAAAGAUGAAGAAAGAAAGAAAGAAUCUUGGCAGAGCAAAGCCAUGUCUUCCAAUGAGGAAGAUAGUGAAAAUGAAGAUGAAGACGAAGAUGAUGAUACCCUUGGAGGCUUUAUUGUAGAUGAUGAUGGUGAUGAUGAAGAACAAGUAGGAGAAAGUGAUGAAGAGAAAGAAUUCAUUGAUGGCGAUGAGGAAGAGCUAGAAGAUUAAUUACAAUAAGGUAGAUGAUUUUGUUGAUAAUUGUUCAUAAGAUGGUUAGUUGCUGCUAACAUUUUGAGAUGGGUUGCUAGUUUUUGUUGCAACAAACUGUUUUGUUUGUAGUUUGCACCAUGUCUAAUAUGUUGCAGUACUGUUCUAAGGCUUCUUUAGAUGAAACUUCUUAUUUAGUCUCUAAGAUAGAAUUUAAUUGUUUGAGAUUCAAAGGAAGAACUGUUUGUUGUGAGCUGACUAUUGCAGUAGAAGUUUUUUUGCUGCAUAAUCAUAUUUGGGAUUAUUGUAUAAU